AAAUUUUUUGGAAUUCCGCAUUUACAAGUACAUAUCGCAAAGAAAAGAUUAUUAAAAUAACUAUUUUUAUUUUUUGAGGGGGGUCCAGCCGAACCGGGUCCCUGCUGCCACAGCCCAUAUCUGCUUGAUGACCUGCUGGUUGAACUGUUUUCAUGUUGGGCCAAAGGGCAUUAACCGGAAAACUUGAUCCUCCCCUCUUGUACUUUGUUCAUUUUCUUUUGGACAUACUUCAUCUACUUGCAUUUACUUCUUUGUUGGCAAAUUCUAACGUGCUGUUUGGGGCUUUGUUUAGAGAACUAAUAGCGAGCCGCUCGUUGACUUCUCGAGUUCUCUCUUUUAGUUACAGUUAUACUCCUACAUAUUACCAUCCUCCAUUUCGUGUAUCAUUAUUAAUUUAUUGAAACGCGACAUGUUUUUCGAAAAAGUUUACGACGUCCCAAUUGGGAUCCGUUUAUUAGAGAAAAUUCCCUCGUUAAGGAAACUUUCUUACGACUGGAAAAAUCGCUGGCACAAAUUCACCAUUUUGUUUCUGACGUUCCUGUCUUACGCCAGCUACCACAUCGCUCGUAAGCCAACUAGUGUCGUUAAAAAUGUCCUCAAACAGAACUGCACCGGAUUACAACCACAUUUAUCCGAGUUAAACAUCAGUGGCAUUGAAGAUAGCUGGUGUAGCUGGCAUCCAUUUGAUGGAGACAAUGCGGACACUCUUUUGGGAGCUUUGGAUUCGGCUUCGCUAUUUUCGUAUGCUUUCGGGAUGUAUGCUAUGGGCUUGCUUGGUGAACGUAUCAACACCCGAUACUUUCUUUCCAUCGGAAUGAUGCUUUCAGGAUUUUUUGCCUUUCUUAUGGGUUUGGCCUAUUGGGCUAACAUUCACUCAUUAACCUACUUCCUCUCCGUUCAGAUUUUAGCUGGUUUAUUCCAGUCCACUGGUUGGCCUGGGUGCGUCGCAGUCGUGGGUAAUUGGUUUGGUAAAAGCAAAAGAGGGCUUAUAAUGGGAAUUUGGCGUUCUCAUCACAGCAUCGGUAACAUAGUGGGUUCCCUCAUUGCUGGAGCAUUUGUCGAGGAUUCGUGGGGUCUAUCAUUUGCUGUUCCCUCUGCCAUCAUUUUUGGACUUGGAUUGCUUCUCUAUUUCUUUCUGGUUCCUGAUCCACGAGCUGUGGGGUGCCCUGUUCCAGAACACGGUAGCGAUAUGUCGAAAGAGAGUCCACUUGGUGACAGCAAUUUGUCAAAAGACGAAAAUCACAGAAAUAAUGGUGUGGAUUUAACUAUGGUUAAUUUCGAACUACGUGAACGUUUCGAGCAGACACAGGAAAUUAAACCCGAUGGCAAAGAAGAAGCCAUCAGUUUCUGGCGAGCCGUUAAAAUUCCAGGCGUCGUUGAAUAUUCCUUCAGUCUUUUCUUCACAAAGUGUAUUAAUUAUACAUUUCUUUAUUGGCUGCCUCGUUAUUUAAAGGAUUCAAGUGAUACGAUGGGCAGUCAACAAGCGGCCGAUUUGUCAACGUUGUUUGAUAUUGGCGGAAUAUUCGGUGGAAUCUUAGCCGGUCUUUUGAGCGACUUGACUGGCAUGAGCGCUUUUACAUGCGCUGGUUAUUUUAUUCUCACCAUACCUUCGUUGUUCAUUUACCGGGCAUUUGGAUCCAUGAGUGGAGGCUUUAAUAUGUCUUUAUUGUUUCUUGUGGGCUUUCUGGCAAAUGGUCCUUACGCUUUGAUCACUACAGCUGUGUGUGCUGAUUUAGGUACUCAUCCUAAGUUGAAAGGCUCAACACGCGCCUUAGCUACGGUUACGGCCAUCAUUGACGGCACAGGUUCCAUAGGUGCGGCCGUCGGUCCGCUGCUCGUGGGACCCUUGUCCACUUUAGGAUGGGAUUACGUAUUCUACGUUUUGAUGAUAGCAAGCGCCAUGGGGUUGCUGUUAUUGGCGCGCUUGAUGAUCAACGAAGUCAAGGGGAAGUGCCGAAAAUAUGAUUAAACGCCUUGAUUAUUUUAUAGUCCAUAAUGAUAUUCCACAGGAUAUUCAAUAAAAAACUGUCAGUUUAAUUUUGUUUUC